AUGGGCAAAGAAAACCAAACAUAUCUGACCGAAUUCAUCUUGCUGGGCUUCUCCUCAGAUCAGCAGACCCAGAUUCUGCUCUUUGUGGUAUUUCUCAUCAUCUACCUGUUGACUCUAUUAGGGAAUCUGUUCAUCAUAAUCCUAGUCCAUAUUGACUCCAGACUUCACACACCAAUGUACUUUUUCCUGAAAAACCUGUCCAUUGCUGAUCUCUGUUUCUCUGCGAGCAUUGUCCCCCAGUUGCUACUCCAUUUAUUAGUAAGGAGAAAGACCAUUUCAUUUGCUGGGUGCUCGAUUCAGAUGUUUUUUUUCCUCUUAGCAGGGUGUACAGAGAGUUCACUGCUGGCUGUGAUGUCCUAUGACCGGUACGUGGCUGUGUGCAAGCCCCUGCACUACUCCACCAUCAUGACACAUUGGGUGUGUGUCCAGCUGGCCCUAGGGUCCUGGGCCACUGGGGCAUUUGUGUCACUAGUGGACACCACAUUUACUUUAUGUCUCCCAUACCAGGGAAAGAAUCUAAUUAAUCACUACUUUUGUGAGCCCCCUGCCCUCCUGAAGCUGGCUUCUGCAGACACCUACAGUGCUGAGAUGGCCCUCUUCUCUAUGGGUGUGCUCAUCCUCCUGGCUCCUGUCUCCCUCAUCCUGGUCUCCUACGGGAACAUCAUCUCCACUGUGAUCCGGAUGCAGGCAGGGGAGGGGAGGCUCAAGGUCUUCUCUACCUGUGGCUCCCACCUCACAGUUGUUGUCUUCUUCUAUGGGUCAACAAUAUUCACCUACAUGAGGCCAAAUUCCAGGAAAAUGAAUGAAAGCAACAAAGUAAUUUCUGUGUUCUAUUCAGUCAUAACAUCUAUGAUGAAUCCAUUCAUUUAUAGCCUGAGGAACAAGGAUGUGAAGGAGGCAUUUAGGAAGGUAUCUGGAAGAUAG